AACGGCUGCAAUAUCUAGGGUACGUCGGGGACUACUAGAAGAGUGCAUUUCAGCGACCAAUUCUUCCAGCGCUCGACAAAGAAUAGACCGGAUCCAGGUUUCUAAAAGAAGAUGAAGGGGCAGAGGAGUGCCUACCUGUUUCUUCUCACUUGCGUGGCACUCGCGGCUCUGGCUCACGCUGACGACGACGGGGAGGGUCCUGUCGUACACACGACGACUGGCUGUGUGAGGGGAUUCCGUCAGCCGCAAAAUGGAAAAACCGUGAAUUCCUUCACUGGGAUUCGGUAUGGCAAGGCCCCUGUUGGGGCCCUUCGCUUCCGGGAGCCACAGCCUGCUGAACCGUGGACCGGUGUCGCGGACGCCACCAAACCGGCUCCAGCGUGCACCCAGGUCAACAUCGAUCCGUGGUCGAUAGCUCAAGACAGCCCUGUCCAUACCGAAGACUGCCUGUUCCUGAACGUCUGGAGUCCGGCGAGUAGUAACAAUGCUUCGGACCUGGCAGUUAUGGUGUGGAUCCAUGGUGGCUCAUCAUCUUUCGGCUCGUCGUCUUUGAACAUCUAUGAUGGUGCACUGCUGGCAGCUUUCGGUCAUGUCGUGGUCGUUUCCAUGAACUACAGGCUAGGAUCCUUGGGAUUCUUUUAUGGAGGCACACAACAUGCCCCCGGAAAUCAGGGGUAUCUUGACCAGGCGCUUGCUUUGCAUUGGGUGAGGGACAACAUAGCCGCUUUCGGCGGAGAUCGAGAGAGAGUGACCCUUUUCGGUGAAAGCUCAGGUUCAAUCUCCGUGGAGUUCCACCUUCUUUCGCCAAUAUCCAAAGCACUUUUUCAGCGGGCUGUCAUGCAAAGUGGAGCUAUGUGUCGUUAUGCGUCGAGGGCCAGUGACCCCAGGCUACUCACGAAAGUACAUAGGAUGGCCAUGUAUCUCAAUUGCACCAAUACCUCGGAGCCCGACUGACGCCUCCACGAGAAUUUGAUCGAGUGCUUGCAGCAGGCAGAUCCUGUGCAUGUCAGAGUAGCAGAAAGAUUGGUUUGUCCCAGUAACUUAUGCUUCGGAACAGUCUUUGGGGUGCCCACCCUCCCUAGUGAUCCUUGUGCAACAGAGUAUCAAGGAAACAAAGACAUAUUGAUAGGUCACGUAGUUAACGAAGGUGGAGGUCUCGUUUCCGGUUUCUUUCCGGGUGUGUUCCUUGCUGACUGGCCCAAAAACUUGACGAAAAUUGAGACGUUUCUUUUGCUAGCGCCUUUGCUAUCUCCUCCGAGUCCUCAACUUUUAGACGAGCUGCAUGACCUUUACACACGUGAUCUUGGAGACAGAGACUUUGAGAAGCUGAGACGAGCGGUUCAGGAUGCUUGGGGCAACAAGAUCAUAACGUGUUCGUCAAAAGAAACUUCAAUGAGGUUGGCAAGUAAUAGAGAUUACUCAGUCUUCUAUUACAUAUUAAACUACACAUCUUCGAGUUCGCCCAAGAAACCCUGGUAUGGGAUGACACACGUUGACGAUGUCCUGUAUAUCUUCGGAAGGCCAGUUGUGGAGAAGGCGUCUUCCGAUGACCAGACUUACAGCAGGAAAUUGAUGGAAUUGUGGACUUCAUUUGCUAAGCAUGGAAAACAACAUCUCGUGGAAGCGUACCACUGGCCCCAGCUUAUGCCUGGUAACUUUGCUGCCUUGAAGAUCACCAACAGACCGCCAGAGCAAGCAACGCUCAACUUGGGAGAUCGAUGCCGUUUCUGGAGUCGGUUGCAUCUGCAUCACAACCAGUCUGAGCUCUCGUAAAUUUCGCGAGAGAUGUCGGUCGGCUCAAAAACGAGGCUGAUUUGUACGCGAAUAGAAUAAAGUUUCUGAUAUCCUUGGCAAUGUACGAAGACAAUGUGGCGUCCUUAGCUCGCAAGUUUGUUCUUCUGAGAACGUCCAAAGAUAAAGCUAGCAGACUACCGACAUCUGCGACGAGAGGGUCAGCAAAGUAAA